AGCGCCGCACACGGUUUAGUAGAGAGAACGCGAUACGAGAGAUUGGAGCGUUUGGAAAGCAACGCAAGAAGAAAACAAAAUUAUCUGUGCCUGCGGAAGUUAUCGAGUGGACAGAAUUCUCCAGCGGCUACAAAAAUAACCUACCUUCGGAAAACGGGGAAAUACUUUCGUGUACCAUUUUUGGGGGACAAGUUCAGUGUGUGUGCGGUGAAAGUUAAUCGAUCCAAGUUGGCCGUCGUCGUCAAGUGUCUUCCGGUUAGAUUUAUUACGAAUAACGAAGGGUGACAGUUGUGGUUGUGAAGAGAUACUUGCUGGUUUCAAUUUGGUAGUGACGGACGAGCAGUGAAAUAUCUGGAACAUUCGUACCUUACAUCAACGAAAGCGGAACAAUGAAGGCGACGUGUAUUCUGCUGAUUGGAGCUCUGCUGGCUACCGGCUUUGCCUAUCCAGCCAGCAAAGAAAGCAAGAGCAGUUCCAGUGACCCGUCGGAUGAUACCGAGUUCAUCGUAGUCCCACUAGAACAUCAGCGGCCAUCCUACUUCAACCGUUACCCGGGCAGCUUUGAUGGUUUCGAUGGCGUGUUGGACACCGACGAUUUUCCUCACCACGGCCAAAAUCCGAUCUUCUUCCCGUCGAUUAACCCGUUCACGUGGCAGUUUUCGUCUUACCUCGACGAUUUGAUGAGACGUCUUCGUGAUCGGUUCUCCGGCUCAUGGAAUCCGUUCUAUGGUGGCGGUGACUUUGUUCCAUCCGGACCGGGAGUUUGGCCUGUCGACAUUCCGGACGAAUCCUCCGAUGGUGGAGAAACCAAUACAACCUCAACUGUUAAGAUCAUCGAUGGACACAAAGUGAUCAUCAACGAUACCUACUACACCAAGCAUACCGAAUUCGGAACAUCGAUUUACAAGGUUCGAGUGGUUGAUGUUAAACCACUGGACGAGGACGAAGCCGGUAAGAUUCCCACAGAAAAGCCCGUUGAAAGUGGAAAUCGUGUCGGCACUGAUGAUGCGGAAACACCGAAGGAAAGUGACGAUUCGGACAAGAAGGAACCAACUACGGAUGCUCCGAAGCGUGACACCGAACUGGAUUCGAGUGAUGAGGAUACCACUCAGGCCGAUGACAGUCUGAAUACGAUCAACAACGAUAUUGACAGCGCGAAGAAGGAUGAGCCCAUCACGUCAUCUGGAAUCGAAUCUUUUGAGAGCCUGGAGGCGUUACCCCUUGCCAAACUAAACACCAUUUCCCCUAUUAGGGAAACAUUGGAGCGGAAUAUCCUUGCCAGCGAGCUUAAUAAAGAUCGAGAAGAUAUCAGUUCAGCGGAUGGAUCAGAUGACAUAUUUUCACCGGACGAAUGGAAACAGUACCACGACGGCCGGAAGAGGAUAAUGGUCAGUGUAGACAACAACCGCAACAAAGUUAAUCGAUUCCCACCCACUAACCAAAAUCAACUCGGUGCAGAUGGGUUCCUACCAUCCGGAACCAUUGACCUCUCCAAUGACAUUGCCAUCAACGACAUUCUAGCCGAUCAAUCGAUCCCGCUUCAUCCAGAUGUAGAGGUAUUCGCUCCCAAACGCAGACGACCGGUUCAGCAGGAUCCAAUGCAGUCUUUUCCGGUAUUCCCUGGAUUUCCACAACCGUUCCCCGGUGGGAAUCGAUUCCCGGUACAGUACCCAAACCAAUUUCCUCAACAGUUCCCUCAGCGACCGAUCGGAGUGGGUGGACAGUUUCCGAUGCAGACGUUCCCGAUCUUCCCCCCAUUCGGCGGAGGCCAGCGUCUGAUUCAGGGACAGCAGCAAUUUCCCGUUCAGCAGCAGCGACCCGGUGGAUUCGGGCGGCCCCAGACAUCAAUGCUGAUGAUGAGCUUCCCACAGGCAUUUCCCGCUAACUUCCGAAAUGUGAGACCAUGAGUUUGUUAGAAGCUGGAUCCGAUUAUAGUGUAUUUAUUUAUUUAUGACCAUAGUUGCAUAGUAAUUUAUUAAAAUUGUCUAACCUCAAAACAACCAAAGAACAAAACAGAUAGACGGUAUUUACUAAUACUAAGAGGUAAAUUAUUAUGAGAUUUAUACAUAAUUGCUGUAAGUAGCUGACAUUCUAAGAAAAUGAGUUAUUCACCGCAAGACUGUUAAUGUUAAAACGAUAAUGAUUCUAAUUAUAGGACUACAUACUUUUACCCAUAUAUUUGAGAAAUAAAAACAUAUCCCAUGGGCCCAAAACCUAGGAAAAUACUAAAAAAGAACGCUUUAAAGUUCAAGAAUUAUAAAUAAUUCACAUAAAUUUCGUAGAGCACUUUCCUCCAAAAAAAAUCAUUGCACUUGAAGCUUGCCAAAACGGUUUUUAAAGUUCACAUGGUUCGGAUAACGACUCAAAGCGUGAAGUUGAACCAGCUGUCUUGUACAAAGUUUUUGAUUGCCUGGGGAAUAACAGUGAGAAAUGUUAAUACAAAAUUAGGGUAAUAAUUUUCUUAAGAUAAAUAAACAUAAUGAAAAUUUAAAACAAACCGUACGGACCAGGUCUUAUAUAAUAUAUAUCGAUACAGUAG